AUGAACCGGCGAACGAAUGGACACCUCAGAAAAGGGGAUCCCCCGGAAGAGGAACGCCAAACAGACGUGCUCAUUGUUGGGGCAAACACAGGGGGACUUCUUCUUUCCCUCGAUCUGGCACGAAAAAAUGUAAACCACUUGGUGAUAAACUCGUACGACAGAAAUAAUAAAGAAAUAAACGGAGAAGACAUAAGUGAGCAAUAUUUACUCUACCCCAGAACGUUGGAAAUUUUCCACGAUUUAGGUAUCCUCUCGGAGGUACGAAACAGAAGCUUAAAACUGACAGGAGUUAGUUUCUACGUUGGAAACAAAUUAAUAAAUAAAACGGACAAAACUUUUUUUCAAAACUGCAAUGGAUCCACAUCGUACAUGCUAAGUAUAAACAAGACCACGCUGAAUAAUAUCCUGCGAAGAAAAUUGGCUUCCAUCAAUUCGGACGCCGUGCAGGAUGGCACCAUCCUGUGGAGACUCAGUCAGGACAGUCCCUCUACGUGCAGAAGGGGAAGAAAGUACCGUAAAGAUAACGGCACCGCUGAUACGCACGCACAUUUGCACAAUCAACAGGGAAAACAAAACUUACACGGGAGAAGCGGAAAUAAAAGCUGCACCUGGAGCGACGUGAAAAAGAUGUACACCCUGCCCUCCCUCCUUAAGAGAAGACAAGGCAAAGCGAGCGCCCACCUGGACGGGAAAAAAAAAAAAAAAUUCAUUCCCUGGGAAAGCCAACACAGCUCGUCCAGCAGCAUCUCUAGCGAAUACAACGAAAAUUACACAAAUUACUUGCAAGCAAACUCAGAAAAUUCGUUGGACAGAUACAGACUUCAGAGCUCAUCUAGCGAUACGGGCUCGACUUUUUCUACCUCCAUCCAUGGUGACCAUUCUGGGAAUAGCACCUGCGAAAAUGGUUUCUUUCAGGGUUGCUCGAGGUCCCCCCUAAACAGACUCCCUACGGAGGGUCAGAGGGGAGCUACGCCUAUGAUGCAUGUGCGGGUGGUAAAGGACACAAAAAGGGAGACAAAACAUCACACAGGUAACUACAUAGAAGUGCCCCAUUGUUGUAAUAAAGACGACAGUGAAAUGCACGGUACUGUUGAUCACAUAGUGGGAAAAAAACCUUGGAGAAAAGGGUUUCUUUUUGACAGGGAAAGGGAAAAGAAUGGCGCAGUGGAGAAAAAUGCACACGACGACUCAUCCGGGGAGAACCCCCCAAAGGAUGCACCAACGGGGGGGUCACUAACCCACAAUACCCACCCAAGUGAGGAACAACCAAAAAAACCGCUUCACUGCUCAAUUAGGAGUAAAUACAUAGUUGGAGUUGAUGGGAGAAAAUCUUCAAUCAGAAAACUGGCAAAGAUAAAAAUGGAAGAGAAGACAAGCCACCCGGUCGAGUACAUAUCUGUGGAUGUCUGCGCCAAAUGGAACAUAGAUAUGAGUCACUACAAUUUGACCCUGGUUCAGUCGGAGCAUGGCUUGGCUACAUGCUUCCCCAUUCUCCCUGACAUGCGAAAUAUUUACGAGCAAAGUUUUUUCUGCAAUGACGAGGCAUUCACGCACGUUAUUGAACGAACAAAGGAGGAGUACACUUUCAAAGGGGACCUCCCCCAGGGUGGUUCUUCGCUUAAAAGGGUGCACCCUGUUGGGAGAGUGCCCCAUUCUUUUGGGGGAAAACCCACAGAAGAGCGGGGCUCAACGAGCCAACCAUGUCAACCAUGUCUACUGCGAAAUGGUCUCACCGGGAGAACUGCCAAGGAGGCUCCUCACCCGGGCAGCAGCAGGAGGGAGAACGAUUCAGAGGAGAAUGAAAACUCGGCCAAUUGGGGAGAUGACACCACCGCAGAGGGAGACGCGCAAGAUGAACCUGUGCAGGACCUCAUCGGAAAACUUCCACGUGACCCCCACAAAGGGGAACAGAAAAUCGGGAUUACAGACCCGCAGAGGUUAGGUCACGAGCCAGCUGCAACCCCCCCAUAUGAAGAUACGCCAGAUUUAAUUACACCAAGUGGUGAAAAUGCAAAUAAACCAACCGACAAAGGGAUUGAUUCGACUGGAUCCCCCUCCAGUGGCACAUCAGCAGAGUGCCUAUCCUUAGGGGGACCUCAGAAUGGCCACACCGAACGGGGGAACAACCAAUCAAGCGGGGUUUCUCACAACUCUGUUUUGUCAGAAGAAGUUUCCAUUGAAGAGGACCACUCUGGGUGGGACCAAAAUGGAGCACCUAAGGGGGAUCCUAUUAACCGCCAUCAUGUUAGGGCUAAAACUGUUGAGGAAAAAUGGAAAGAAAUCCACAUGGCAGAUGUAGACAGUGGCCAUCCCUCCAAGCCCAACGAUGAGAAUAAAAUUGAGCAGAGAGAUGCAUCCUCACGGGAACGCCAACCCAAUGAUACUGGUUACACAAACGAGAGGAUGACGCCGUCACAGAGCAGUGAUAUCACAGCAGGAGCAAAGCAACACGAAGACAGUGCCGUAGGAGGAAAUACAAACGAUGGGGAUCGUUCCCCAAAAGGGAAGGAAAAUAAAUGUGCGAACGGACAAGUCAGGGGGGGAAUUCUCCAAGGGGAGAAACUGUGGGGAAGUCCAUGUGAAGAUGUCCCUGAAAUGUGUUCCACGAAUGGAACUCCCCCUAAAAGGAAGCAACACAUCACUAGCGAUCAUUCGAUUGAUCAUUCGAACGAUCAUUCGUGUGAUAACAAUGUGAACGUGUUCUCCGACGCAGUGAGCAACAACUCAGGGUGCACCACCUCCCCCAAAUCAACCCUUGGCAUACGCAGGGGGGGGUACAACUGGCACUUGACCAUAUGCAGGAAAGCAAAAAAACGCUCCCAUGAAGAAAUAAUCCGUCCAGUGAAACAGACAGACAAAUUGAACCACAUGGAAGUGAUCCACUUGAUUGAAAAAAUUUUCCCAAAAGUGAAAAUAUUUUAUGUAUAUAAUUUGAAGAGGGGAAUUCACAGAGACCAAAUGUGCGAACAGUUCUAUAGACAGGGGAUCAUCCUAGCAGGGGAGUCUAACUGUCUAUACAACCCCAUGUUUAGCAUAAGCAUUAACCUCACAGUACAUGAUGUGUAUAGCAUUGGGUGGAAAUUGAAAUACCUAAUAGAUUAUAAUUCUUCGCCCAUUUUACUGGAGGCAUACCAGAAGGAGAGACAGUACAUUUCUCAGAAGGUCCUCUCAUGGAGUAGUGAAAUGGUUAAUUUUUUUUUUUUAUUAAACAAUAUGGCUAGUUACUAUUUUGCCUUUCUCCUGAAUUGCUGUGUCAGGACGAUUAGCAGGUUCACUUCCUCCUGCAACGUUCUAAACAGGGUUUACAAAAAGACGUUUAUGCUGCAAAGUGACUACUACAGAUUAGGCCUUGUACACACCUCCGCUCAACUCACAGGCAGGCACUUCAUGUGUGCAGAUCGGCCAAGGAACUGCGUCCUCAGAUGUGUCACCUUGUGCAGUAACAGCUAUCAGGAAAAUAACACUGUUCGGCUGUAUGACUACCUGGGGGGACAUGCACAUACCUUAAUUUUGUGCAUAUGCCAAAUGAACCCCUCCCGAAUUUGUGCGUGUAAAAUGGGCCUUCCACAGAGGUGCCCCGAUAUUAUGAAUAGGUUUUCCUCCAAAGGGGGGCCAGGAAGCACCCACGAUGGUUACUCCCACCAAGGGCACUCCCACCAUGGUUGCUGUUACCACGAUGUGGACGCCUUUGAUAAGCUAACAAAAAUUGGAAGACUAACUUACGGCGCCAUGGCCAGGGGGAGACGUGGCUCACCCCUCAACAUCCUCUGGGUUGUGUGCGGUGAACAAAAAAACGACUUCACACGCAGACACUCUAUCGUCAGUGCGAUCACAGACACGAACGACAGUAUCACCAGGAAUGGAAAUGUUCUCUCAGCCAUCCUUUCUAUUGUAUGUCCCCAGAUGAUGCACAGAGCCAACAUCCAGGGUAGGGACUCCCCACUGAGUGCCCUUCUUACCAAAAUAAGGGCCACCAAAAACCUGGGCAAACAAACCAUCCUCUACGACUUCAUGAGCGACUUCCAGAGGCAGCUAAAUAUCAAGCUAGGUGCACCCUGCGUUCCUACCGAUUUGUGCAGGUCCAGAUCAGCCAUGUAUAUUUUUGUUCGACCCGAUAUGCAUAUAACGCACAUGAAUUAUGUGAACAACGAGAAUGAGGUUACGGCCUUCCUCGAUUACGUGUACAGCUUUUACGGCUAA